CUCUUGCUGCAUUUCCUGGUUGUUGUUAUGUUAAUUGUGAUAAUUCCACCCCAGAACGAAUGCAGAGUUUCUACAUUUAUCACCAGAGGUCUUUUUAAGGAAAACAGAAGAUUUUUGCAACAAGACAGUGAGGUUACAAGAUAGAGUGAAAAAGCUGAAGAGAUACAAUAAUAACUGGUUCCCAUAGAAGUAAAACAGAGACAGGGAAGAGUUUAAGGAGAUGGUGAGGACUGGCGAUCAAAAUCUUCACAGCCGCAUGCUCUCACUAAUGCUCAAAGCACAGCAGGGCCUUUCACAGCAGUGCUUAUGAUGCCUUUAGGCUUCGGCCCCUUCUCAGGCAGCCCCAGGUCUGUGGGGCAGCGCCCUUGUUUCUGCACCAUGGCUGGAUCAGAGCCCACCUCCAACAGCCUUGUGAUGUGGCUGUGGGGAGGACAGCAGCGCACAAGUGACCUACACGCUUCUAGAGGAGCAACAGAAGAAUAAUCAGGAGCCCCUGAUGGAGCUCACAGUUUCAGUGUUAAAUAACACCAGCUCACGGCAGUUGAGAGGGGCAGGACUCAUUCCAGAACUAUUAAUAUAGCCCCUAUUUAUACUCCUGGGUUCCUGCAAACGCCACAGCAGAGAGCUACAGCUGCAGAACUGAAAUGGAAUAAAUGUCAGCCUCCAGGGAGAAAGUGAUCCUUUCAGCCAUCAUGUGGGAAAGGAGACAGUGAAAGGACAGAAUAAGGGGCAGUGUUCAGACCUGGGAAAGCAGAGUGAGCUGAUCGUGGCACCCUGAGAAUGCAGCCGGUGGGCAGAGCCAGCCAGUAACCUCCCUGCAGCAGCAAGUCUGUGCUGAGAGACUGCCAGAAACGCACAUUCAGCGUCACACACAGCACCUACGGAUACCGGCAGAGAUGAGUGCACUGUCUGCUGGACUGGAAAGAUGAUGGAGAACACAGGAGGGCCGUAUUUGAACACCGCUGCUGUAACAUCCCCUGUGGGAAUAGUUCGCUUGCUGCAGAUAAUGUUUGGAUGCACCACAUUCAGCCUGGUUGCCCACCAAGGGGGAUUCAGUGCAGCAUAUGGCACUUUCUGCAUGUUUGUCUGGACCUUCUGUUUUGCCGUCACUGUCUUUAUCAUAACCUGCGAGUUCACGCAUCUACACAGCUGCCUGAGCAUUUCCUGGGGAAACUUCACUGCUGCUUUUGCCAUGCUUGCCACGCUCAUGUCUGUCACUGCAGCAGUGAUCUACCCACUCUAUUUUGUCCAACUUGGCUGUUACCCUAUCGGCUGUGAGGUGAGAGACUUUCGUAUAGCAGCCAGCGUCUUUGCCGGCCUCGUGUUUGUUGUGUAUGCCGCGGAGGUGUUCCUGACCAGGGCAAAACCGGGACAGGUCACCAGUUACAUGGCCACUGUCUCUGGGCUUCUGAAAAUCGUUCAGGCCUUUGUGGCCUGCAUCAUCUUUGGGGCGCUGGUGAACGACAGCCAGUACAGCAAAUACGUGGCGACACAGUGGUGCGUGGCUGUCUACAGCUUUUGCUUUGUGGUGACAGUGGUGGUGGUCGCCUUCAGCGUCACAGGUAAGACCGCUUUGCUCUGGUUUCCCUUCGAGCGCUCUGUGGUUGUCUACACCUUUGGGGCUGUCCUGCUGUAUGUGAGUGCGGCGGUCAUCUGGCCGGUGUUCUGCUUCGAUAGUAAGUACGGCUCCCCACAGCGCCCCGGCCUCUGCGCCAGGGGCAGGUGCCCGUGGGACAGCCAGCUGGUGAUCGCCAUCUUCACCUAUGUCAACUUGCUGCUCUACGUCGUGGACCUGGCAUACUCCCAGCGCAUCCGCUUCGUCUCCCACCUCUGAAGUCUGGGUCUGCCUCCGCGAGGUCACCCUGGCUCCAACAGCAGAAGCAGUGAGGGAAGCAGCAGGAGACAGGAUGCAGCAAAGGCAGGCACUGCCGGGUGUGCCAGGGAGAGCCACAAACCAGACUUCAAGGUUAAGACAGACUGAAGCAGCAAGUCAGCAGCCCAUGGUGGGUAGGCUGCCCACCUCCCCGUCAUUCAGCAUCUGCUUUGACCUCCUGGUGCCAGAGCAAAGAAAUUCUGUGGUUCAAAGUAUGCAACAUGGCCUUUCAUCUCCAGAAGGCAAAAAUGCUUGCUGCAAUAGCAGGUCUGUAGGCUACUGGACUACUAAGCCAAAUAUUAGGAAAGAUACCAAGGAUUUUGAAACUGUUACCAACACUUAACUAUAAUCAAGUGACUACCCAGGAAGUGGGAAAGUUAAAGGCUGCAUCAAGGAACACCAGUUGUGGAAAUGAAAAACAAUCCUUCAAAGUUUGGGUUAGUCUGGGCUAUGUGGUGAGACAUGAAAUGCUUACAAGUGUGGGAAAUUUCAGCCAGAAUGUUUCUGAGAAGAACAUAGCUGUAGUAUUAUUUUGAAGGUUACCAGUCAUCUCCCUCUCCCUUUUCCCUCCAGCACCAAAAAAAAUAAUAUCCUCAAGCAUGUGCCUUGGUAGGAAGCAUGGGAUAUUCUUAUUUAGCAAACACCAGGUCAUUACAGAAAUGUAAAUUUGUGAAAUUGGGGUUCUACUGCCAGGAAACUGGGUGCAGAACAGAGCCAAACUGCAAAAUAACUGUAUAAUCGGACACCCUCACUGAGGCAGGACCAGAAGGUAUCUUGGCAUGAGCUUUGUCUCAGUUCAUAUGCCACUGCUUCUUUACACUGAUGUAAUUUUUUUCCUAGAUUAAAGAUAUAUUUUGGGGGGAGUGGGGAAUGAAGAUGAAUUGAUCUCACAGCUCUGCAUAAAAGACCAAACUUGUGGGGAAAAAACCUUGCACAUAAUGGUAACAAAUUUGGAGUGCUGCCUCAGACCAGACCAGGUUCUAGGAUUCCCAAACUCUUUGUGUCACCAACCAGCUGCAUUUCUCUGACCCAGCCCUCACAAAACACCCACUUUGAAGUCUCACAUAGCAUGGCUCAGAUUUCAAGCUUAAUAGAACUGUUCUUCAUUUCUGAUCCAGCAAGAAACCAAAGCAGUCUGAGUACUUCUGCUGAAGGCACGCAGACUAGAUAGGUUUGGUUAAAAUCUAGAAGUAGCUGACUGUCAGAAGCAAGAUUUAUUUUUUAACCAAAUUAAAAUAAAGCGGAAUGGCAGACUUGCAUACUACAUCUCCAGAGGUUUGUGUGCUUUCAUGUUGCUCUCUGCACAGCUGUUAUUUCACCAGGCAUAGCCCUUCUGCUUUCUGCCAGAAAGCACGGUUCAAUUUAUUUUGAUGGAUGAAGCCUGAAUGCAGCCCUAAAAAAAUGUAUGGACAAGACCGCCAAGACCUCUGACUGACAUUCUUUGUAGCAGACUCACUCAGGAAAAAGGAAGGAAAUGCAUUUUUCAUUGUUGUUUGUACGGGGUUUGAAAAGCAAUGGAAAAAUAUAUGUUGGGACAGAUUGCAUUGGACAAUUCUGCUACUCUGAGUAAGAACCAGCACUUAGAACUGGGAACUAUUAGUCCAUGAAACAGGACAAGAUUCAGUAUCUAUCAUAAAGGGAGUGCACUAAACAGCCUUCCAAUGGAUUUUUCUCUUGCACAAAUUCCCAUUAAGGCAGGGAAUUUUGAAAAGAAUGGUCCAGCAAGAGACUGGUCGGCUUCCUCCAGGGCAGGAUUUAAGACUAUCUAGUAUAGCUGUAAGAAAGGACAUUAGGGAGCUUUAUUUCUUGCAAACCGGACAAUCUAAGGUGUUGUACAAACAAGAAAUACUACAUUUAGAAAAAUUAUUUGUAUUAGAGCAGGCAAUGUACAAAUAGAGUUACUGCAUACAAAAAGAAUCUAGAGCAUUUAUGAUGUAUUUUUUUUUUAAAAAUUGUCAACCUGGACAAAUUAAGCUGUGUAGUGCUUGGAAAUUAUUUAGCUUUUGUUAUUCCAGAGCAGGAAAAAAUAAGUGACAGUGAACCGUCCUGGUUUCUGUUAUAACAUUUUAACCUGAAGGGGAAAAAAUAAAUAAAUUGUUUUAAGAAAGCAUAUUCCUGUAGAUUCCAUCAUGGCUACAAGGAGCUGGUGGAAACCAGGGAGAGGGAUGUCAGUGAAGUCUGCUUGGCCCAGAGCUGACACUGCCUAGCUCCUCAGCUGGUUAACACCUUUUUUCAGCUAUGUAUUUUGCUUGCUUCUUGCUGUGAAGAUUUUGCACCAAGCAAUUAGCAAUUUAUACAAUGCUAGGGGCAUAAAGCAAUGCCCAAGAGAAACAGGCAACUGGGAAACAAUUGGGGUAAAAUUUAGUGUCUCAACAGCAAGGAGGAAAUAGAACUUAACAUGGAAAUCAUGAUACCACUGACUGGAGGAGUGGAAAGAAUAGUCAUUGCCAAGAACAGUGUGUUCAGAUUUAGCUUUCUCAUCUGCCAGCCAAAGACUGAGCAAAAAAUGUUAGCAUGGUCAAAAUGGCAAAAAAAAAAAAAAAAAGAUUGUGUGGACAACAAUCCACUCUUUUAGGGGAAAAAAAUGAAAACCUCAUGCUUUAGUGGUUAAAACACCCUCUAACCAUUGGAAACUAUGAGAUUACCCAAUCUAGGACAGAGAACAUCCAAUAUCUGCUUAAUAUGAUUUUAACAACCAACCCUAUUAUGGUCCAAUUAAUUAAAAAGCCUUUUAUUUCCAGAGCUCAUCUUUCUCCUUAAUUAGUAAAUUAUGAUCAAGUAACUUGUAUUCUGCUGCAAAGCA